AUGUCGAAGUUCAAAAAUUCAACGCUUGCAGGUCUAAUAGAAUCGGACUCGGAGGAUGACCAUUUGGUAGAGCGCAAGAUGACGAAACAACAAUCAGAAGAUACUACCGCGACGAAGAAAUUACGAGGAAGACCCAAGGCUGCUCCAUCGAAGGUUACAAAAACAAAAGCUCCAGCACGACGCACUAGUGGAAGGCUCAAUGGGAAGACAACACCAGAACAAUCGCCCCAGCAGAAGAGAGGAAAGAAGGCCAUAUUGGCAGACAAAACAAAUCGACAGAAGAAUUCCGAGCAAGAUGUAGAGCAAAUUGAUGAGACGGAAGAUGUUACUAUGGAGGAUGUAGCUUCGGGUGAUGAAUUAGAUGCUGAGGUUAUUGCCGUAAGGGAAGUCAAAACGAAGGCUGUGAAGAAAACUGCUGCCACUCGAGGUAGAGCCGCCAAGGCAGCGAUUCCGGAACCAGAAGUCGCAGAAGCAAUUUUACCAUCGGUAGGCAAAAAAGUUAGGCUAGGAAGGAAGAGAAAAGGAAAGGCACAGGAGGAACCCGCUGUGGAGCAAAUAUCACCUGAAAAGGUCAUCCUGGAAACCCAAGUACCAAAAAUAGAAGUCGAAAUGGAAGAGGAUAUCGAAGAAGAUGCGGAACAAGAGGAUAGCAUACCUGAGGUGAAACCGAAAGAAUCUCGUUCAUAUAAUGACUCUCGACGGCGACCAAUAUCUGUAUCUCGGCACCCAGCUGGCAGUGCAUCGGAUACGGAAAGGAAUGAGCCAGCUGUUAGACGCAGACUUGGUGAACUCUCAAAAAAACUUGAGAAUGUAGAAGGGAAAUAUCAGGAUCUUCGUGAAGUCGGGGUGAAAGAAGCGGAGAGAAUCUUUGACCGAUAUAAGAAAGCAGCAGAGGAAAAAACAAAAACCUCAAACGAACUUAUCACUACUCUAAAAGCGAAUCUGGCCACUCAAACCUUUUUAGCAAAAGAAAGUCGAACUUUGAAGAAGACAGUCGAGUCACAAGAUGCAUUAGUAACGAAUUUACAAGCCCAAAUCCAUCAACUAGAGUUAGCCUUAUCGGAAGCCCAGGUAGAAAACAAAACUUUAUCUACUAAGCUUGCAGCAAACCGCAAAUUAACAGCAUCAUAUGAGAGCGCAAAUGUCAAAGUUCCAGGUAGCGCUAUAAAAGCCAACGGUGGAAUGCGUAUGAUAGGAAGUCAAGAGGCGGCUCAAGCUGCCCAGGCAGCUCAAUUAAAAGAAGAUCUCUAUAGUGAUUUGACCGGAUUAAUUAUACGAGGAGUCAAGCGAGAAGCCGAAGAAGAUAUCUUCGACUGUAUUCAGACUGGUCGUAACGGUACCCUUCACUUCAAACUGGGUGUCGAAAUUGAGGCAAACGGCGAUGCAGAUUGUCGAUAUACGCCACUUCUAGACCCAAGCAGAGAUAGACCAUUAUUGGAAUUAUUGCCAGAUUAUCUCGUAGAUGAGAUAGAAUUUCCACGACCACAAGCUGCUAGAUUUUACGCACGGAUUACGAGAGCACUUACAGAGAAACCUGCAAGUAUGGGUGGACCUGUAGAGGAAAGUGAUGAGUAG